GGCAUACAGUCUCACUUCAUGAACCCGUUUACCCGACCUUCUGUAUGAGCAUCAUAGAAGUCAUCUCUCUAUAUGUUAUAGUAUCGUGCGAGUCUAUAGCUAAUGUAAAUGUAGUUGCCCACAUCUCCCGUUUACUACGUUAACCAGAAUUCUUCGCUCUCAAGUCGAAAACUCGUCAAGAGGUCAAAACGAAACCGGCAAGUGAAAGACACACUGCAGAGACUCCGUGCCUCUGAUGGCUGGUCGGCUCCUCAAAGUCUCCUCUCUGGCUACAGCACUGUUUGCCUCCUCUGGGUUUUAUCUGUACAACAGACAACUGGACCUCAAUGACCUGAGUAUCAUCCGCUUCGGACGAGCUGCAGCUACUACGGCGGUCAUCAGCUACGACUAUCUGACUGCAUUCAAACAUGUGGAAUAUGGCACAGAGGAAUACUGGGCACUCAAGUCCAAGGUGCACCAGCGUUCAGCAGAGCGUCUUCUAGAUUUGUGCUGUGCCAACCGUGGUACUUUUAUCAAGGUGGGCCAGCACUUGGGUGCUCUGGACUACCUGUUGCCUGAGGAGUACACAUCCACACUGAAGGUGCUCCACAGCCGAGCUCCUCAGAGCUGCAUGGAGGAGAUCCAGCAGGUCAUCAGAGAAGACCUUGGCAAGGAGCUGUCAGAGUUAUUUGUCUCCUUUGAGGAGAAGCCUCAGGGUGCAGCCUCCUUAGCCCAGGUCCACAAGGCAGUGCUUUAUGAUGGGAGGACAGUGGCUGUCAAGGUCCAACACCCCAAAGUCCAGAGACAAAGCUCCAAGGACAUAGUGGUGAUGGAGGUAUUAGUCAGAGUGGUCCAUUGGCUCUUCCCAGACUUUGCCUUCAUGUGGUUGGUGGAAGAGGCCAAGAAGAACAUGCCACUGGAGCUGGACUUCCUCAAUGAGGGACACAAUGCAGAGAAGGUGGCCAACAUGCUGGCCCACUACCCCUUUCUCAAGAUUCCGAUGAUCCACUGGGAUCUGUCCACAAAGAGGAUCCUGACCAUGGAGUUUGCAGAGGGGGGGCAGGUCAAUGACAGAGACUACAUGAAGAAACACAGCAUCAAUAUCAAUGAGAUCUCAGAGAACCUGGGUAAGAUGUACAGUGAAAUGAUCUUCGUCCAUGGCUUUGUUCACUGUGACCCACACCCAGGCAAUGUGCUGGUCCGAAAGUGUCCCCAGAGUAAGAAGACAGAGAUUGUCCUGCUGGAUCACGGCCUUUAUCAGAUCCUGCAGCCAGACUUCAGACUGGACUACUGUCGGCUGUGGCAGGCUCUGAUUAAAGGGGACAUAUCCAAGGUGGAGCGUUACAGCCGGAGACUGGGAGCUGGAGAUCUGUACCCGCUGUUUGCCUGUGUGCUCACCGCUCGCUCCUGGACUGCAGUCAAUGCCGGCAUUAGUUCUGUGCCUGUCACACACACUGAGGAUGUUGAGAUACGGACCAAUGCAGCUCUUUACUUGCCCCAGAUCAGCGACCUCUUGAACCGAGUGCCCCGUCAGAUGCUGCUGCUGCUGAAGACCAACGACCUGCUGCGGGGCAUUGAGACCACCUUACAGACCAGAGCUUCGUCUUCGUCCUUCAUCAACAUGUCCCGCUGCUGCAUACGCGCCAUGGCCAGGCACAAGAGGAGUAAGGCUCAGUCCAGGAGGAGGCAUCUGCAGAUACAGCUGGCGGAAUCUCUCAGCCUGUGGAGACUCACCAUGUAUGAACUGUUUCUGUGGGUGAAGGGCUCCAUGUUGGUACAUUGGCUCACUGCACUGCUGGCUUUUCUGAACUGAAGCACAUCUGGACAUCACACUGGAACAUUAACAACAGGCUGCAACUGUUGGCUCUCGGGUGUAUAUACACUGCAUGUUAACACAUUUUAAAUAUGUGCCACUCACACAUAUACACACUGCAUGUUCUCCUAUCACACAUUUGUACUUCUGUCUUUGUGAGGACUAUUGACACAGUGCAUUCCCUAGGCCCUGGCCCUACCUCUAACCAAAGUCUAACAGCUCUCUGAAGUUGUGAGUUGUUGUCCUCACGCAGUAAGAUCUAUAACUCAAACUGGUCCUCACAAAGAUAUAAGAUUACAAGUACACACACACACACAUACAUGAGUGCAUACAUACAAGGACAGGAUGCUGAUGUCUUUGAACACCAGGAGCAGCUUGUGGCUGUUGGUAACUUUUUAGGCCUCACGAUCACAACAGUGCUGAGAUAAACUAUUUUCUCAUGAUUGUGUCAUAAUUGUAUUUAAUUUACUCAGGAUUCUGUCUUAUUCUAUUUAAUUUAAGAACAUUAUGAACAGAUAAUGAUUUUUCUCAUAACCCUGAGAUAUUGAACCAUUAUCUCCGUAUUUACUCCAUACCAGUGCCAGAAACCUGGUCACACUGACUGUAUCUCUGAGAUGUGCUAUGAAGUCCUGUGUGUAUGGAUAAAUCGUAAUGUGUCAAGAAACAGUCCCACCACAUAGCUGCCCCUGAAAGCACAAAUAGUGUGUUUUACACUAUGAAUGAAAAACAACAUGUUUAUUCGUUUAUUAGUUUAGCCCCCCCACUCUUGAUGUCUUGACUCCAGCUCCACAUACAGAUAAGAUAUUGAUACCCAUCUUCUCAACUCACUUUCAGAAAAAAAGCAGAUAAACAUACAGACAGGUGACAACUUACAGGAAAACCUGAAUACAUGAGUGGAGAAACCUAAUGAAUGCAGGUGCACUGCAUGGUACAAUUAAGCAAUUAAUGUCCAAUCAUGCUCAUGUGUAUAAAAUUGUGAACAG